GUUACGUUGUAUUUUUAUGACACGCAUAUGGCAGAAAAUAGAAUAGAGAAACAGAGAGUUCCAGACUUUUGCUUUCUUUUCUUCUCCUUAUAAUUUUUAUUUUUUUUUAUUAAAUUAGUGUAUAUAUAUAUAUAUAUAUACACAUUUUUUUUUCAUAUUCCAACGUAUCAAGUUAUCCCCCUUCCUCUACUUGAACCCAGCUGCCUCGUCGUGUUCAUUUCUCAUCUCUCGCUUCUUUUCCAUUCUCUCUCUCUCUUUCCAAAACUGGCUCUUAUAGUUAUUUAUAUACUAUAAUCCAUAUCUGAUUUUGUCUUUUUAGGCUAUCAUUUUUUGGUGGCCUCCAUCUCUGCUCUUGCCCACAUCGGAUCUGGGAUUUCCUUGCUUUGUCUUCAAGGGUUUUGUUCAAUCCUGGACUUUUAUUUGGAGAUUGGCGUUAUGGGGAUUCGUUGCUGAUCUCUAGUUGAUUAUUAGUGGAAAGGCAGCACAGGCGUGAAAAAUAAGUUGCUUUUGCAAUUAUUGAAGAUCGAUAAGCUCCAUUGCAAGUUAAAACUGGAAAGUGUUGUUUACUUGAUGCAGUUAGAUAUCUUUAUUGGUAAUGGUCGCCAUAACAUAUAAUUUGUCUAGUAAAUUUUCAAUUUCCUGAAUGGGUUGACUUUGAGGAUUGAAUUCUUUAAAUAGUUUGUGAAUACAUAGGGGCGUUAGUCAUUUUGCGAGUAAGGAGAAGGUAAAAAAUCAGAGUGGGUUUGGCAGCUAGAAAUGGAUCGUGUAAUUCUAAAAGAGAGAGAUUUUGAGGUUGAUCUUGAAAAUGGAGUGCAAGCUAGUGAUGAAGAUCAAAGCAAAGACUCUAUUUCUGGUGUAAAAAAACAAUCGAAGGAGUUGCUUGCUAAGAUUUGUGCCAUCUUUGCUGAUGGAGCAAUGAAGAGUGAAGACGAGUUAAAUCUAUGCCCUCAUGCACCGAAUUCAAAUGGGGUUUCUGUGGAGCAAGUAAACUUAGAUGGAGAGAAAACUGUUGAUCAUGUAGAGAAGAAAGUGGUAAAGGAGAAGCGUAAAAAGAUGAGAAUUAAAAAGGCUUCCAAACCUCCUAGGCCUCCGAGAGGUCCAUCAUUGGAUGCUGCUGACCAGAUGCUGAUCAAGGAGAUUACUGAACUUGCUAUGUUGAAGCGUGCGAGGGCUGAGCGAAUGAAAGCCUUGAAGAAAAUGAAAGCAGCAAAGGCAUCAUCAUCUAAUAGCAAUGUCUUUGCAAUGGUGUUCACAAUUAUCUUCUGUUUAGUGAUAAUCUUUCAAGCAAUGUCAUCGAGGGUUACACCUGUAAAUGUACAAGGAUCCCCUUUAUCAACAGAAACGGCGGAGAGUGGUUUGAUUACAGUGCGGUACUUUGGGAAUCCAUCUGCAAGUAACCCAAGUGAACAUUCUUCCGAGUCUCCACAUUCUAUAAAGCCAAUUGCUGGUUUUGAUCCUCCUGAAAAUCUGAGAAGAGCUGUGGGAUAAAACAGAGAAAAUCUGUAAUGUUAUAGUCAAUCUUACAUUUGUGAAAGAAUAUUGCUAGGUCUUUUAGUUCUCAUGCAAGCAUUAUAUGACUUGCACUUUUUGUACCAACAGCCCUCUGAAAUCGAAGUUUGGUGGGUAAUUUAUGUCCUCUAUGUACAAUUUUUUAUAUGGGGAGUGAGUUAAAUUACCAAAUGAGUUUCUUAGUGGAUUUUAAGGGAAAUUGGCGCCAUUUUUAUAGGCCAUGCUACUUUUAUCCUCAUAAGUUGCCUCCUCUGCAACUAAGCCAGCCAAAUUAUACAAUGUGUGGUUAUGUAAGUUUCUCAGAAAAUGAAAUUCAUAAUUGAGUUAUUUACCAAGUAA